AAUGUUAAGGUGUAAAUUAUAUAAAAAAAUUAAAAUAGGGUGUAAAUUAGAAAAAGAAGAUACCUUGAAGUGUAAAAUGUAAGGAAUCCAAACGAUUAGAAUAUAAAUUGUAAAAAUAAAUAAAAUGGGAGAUAAGUUAAAAAAAGGAAACACUUGGCGUGUGAAAUGCAAGGGAGCUAUAAUUUAAGAAACAGACUCAUUGACUUGGAAGUCUUUCUGAUACACUUCAUUUUGGAUUAACAAGUGGAACUGGUCAAGCGUUAGUUCCACUGAAAUAUCUCUUCUCCAUCGAACCCUAAUUCACACCCAGUUGUUUCAUUUGCAAUCGAAUCCCCAAUUUUUCUCCAUAAUGACAGCUAUGCAAUUCAUUUCUUUUUCCAAUUUAAAUUGAAGAGUGAGUAUUGAUGGAGGGAAAUUCUGGUGGCAGUGGUGGAAAUGACGUGGAGUUGCUGUGCAAGACGCUACAGGUAGAACACAAGCUUUUCUACUUCGACCUGAAGGAGAAUCCACGCGGACGAUACUUGAAAAUCUCGGAGAAAACGUCGGCAACAAGGUCUACUAUAAUUGUACCAUUCAACCGCAUCUCAUGGUUUCUGGAUCUCUUCAAUUACUAUGUCAAUUCAGAUGAUCAGGACGUCUAUAGCAAAGAACUACAACUUGAUACCAAGGUGUUUUACUUUGAUGUAGGGGAGAAUAGGCGAGGGCGCUUUCUUAAGGUCUCUGAAACAUCCGUUAGCAGGAACCGUAGUACCAUUAUUGUUCCAGCAGGAAGUGCCCGGGAUGAGGGAUGGGCAGCAUUUAGGAAUAUUUUGGCAGAAAUUAGCGAAGCCUCUAGGCUAUUUAUUUCGCCCAAUCAGGAGACUUCAGAAACCUCAGAGCGUCUUGGGCUUUCUGAUGAUGUAGGAGCUGGUUUCAUUUCCGGUCACUCUUCUCAAUCUGCCCCCGCAGCUGAUUUGAGUGUAGAACGGACCGUUGAUUUGCCAGCAGCUGACGAAGUUAGUAACCUGGGGAUCUCCAAAGUAAUUAGGGUUGACCAGAAGAGGUUCUUCUUUGAUCUUGGGAAUAAUAACCGGGGCCAUUUCUUACGAAUAUCUGAGGUAGCAGGUUCUGAUCGCUCUUCAAUAAUUCUUCCCCUUUCUGGCCUGAAACAAUUUUAUGAAAUGGUGGGUCUUUUUGUAGAGAUAAGCAAAGAUUGCCUCGAAGGAAUUACAGGUGCAAAUGUCCGGACAAUUGAUCCCCCGCAGAGAUGAAUGCUGAUGACUGGUAUCUAAGGCGUGGAACCAUGUACUGCGGCUUAUGGGCGGUCAAUUGUGAGCCGUGUUAAUUUUCUGUCUAGUCAUUGCGUGUUUCAAGUUGAAUAAAAUGGUGGAAAUAUGAACUCAAACAUCAAUCAUCAAUUGGAGGGGAAAUAAACCAUUACGUACGGGGAAGGAUUGUAGUAUAAAAUGGCACUCCUAAUCAAUUCCAUCUUUGCUAUUUUGGGUGUGAUUUAAGCUUCUCUCUGUGUGAAAUUCUCCCCUAUGCUUGGGCUAAACAUAAUCCUGAAUUGCCAAGUUUGGCUACUUUUGAUUGGAAGAAGUUUUCCUUGAAAGAAAAAGAAAAAAACAACUUUCUGAUA